GCUGAGCCACUUCUUGGUUCUACACAAAAAAAAUCAAACCAGGUUUUCCGUAGCCAGCUCUGUCCAGAAAAUACUUGUUUACUUCGCUCUGGUCAGGAUUAGGCUACCAAAAAAGACCCUCCAAGAGAGCCGCCCAUCCAGUUAAUGAUUAAAGGGAGGAGCUGGGAUUCGGGGCAGCAGCAGGUAAAAGGUAGUUUGGGAGCCAGAUUUGCUGGCCAGGAUGCGGCUGCUCAAGGAACUGAUGCGCUUGGCCACCCAACAUCGAGCUUUGUAUUGUUAUGUGUUGCUCAGCAUCUGGAUAUUCCUGCUCAUUGCGGGCAUGUAUCGCUACAUGGGCAACGUUGAUACUAUACCAGGAAGUGGUUCCGUCUUUGGACCCAGCUCAUCUGGCACCGUCAGUUCCUUGGGCGGCGAAUCCCAGGGCUCCUCCUCAACUGUCCAACGAUUUGCGAAGUACAGAGAACGUUGUGCACCGCUGUCGCAGCUACAGCGCUUGGAUGAUGGCGGCAUCUUGGAGGGUUGGAAGCUACAGGGCGUGCUCCUGGUCAUCAGGCACGGGGAUCGCGGACCCAUAUCACAUGUCCGCAGUGCUGGCAUCAAUUGCGGAGUGAGUGGAGGAACGGAUAACCUGGUUAAUAGAUAUCGAAGCUUUUUGUAUAAUUCGAGCAGUUCCGCCUCGGGCUCGAAUCAUAUGUACUGGAACAAAGUGGGUCCUUUCCAUGGAUUCCCAUUGCUUCCGGCCACAGAGAGGGGAUGUCCUUUGGGACAGCUUACAUACAAGGGAAUCUCGCAGCUACUCCAUGUGGGCGACAUAAUGCAUCAAGUUUAUGCCCAUCCGUUGGGUCUGCUUCUCAAACCCAAUCCCAAUCGUGCUUCGGUGGAGACAACACCACACACUCUGCUCAACUCGGAUGAAGUGGUGGUGUUCACCACUCGCUAUCGUCGCACUUUUCAGUCUGCUUUGGCCAUGUUGUUCUCCCUCCUGCCGACGGAUAAGUGGUUGGCAUUGAAUGUCCAGGAAUCCCAUAGUAUGGCCUUCUGUUUCGGAGAAUGCAGUUGCUCCCAGUCGGCGCUGCUUCGAAAGCGAUUGGAAGCCAUUGGAGACAAGCAGUUACUGAAGCGAUCCGAUGUGCUGGGAGUGAUGCAAUGGAUCGGCGGCACCCUUAUGCAGCAUACACCGAAUGGAAUCAGUAAUCCCUUUGAGGUGGUGGAUGCCCUGCUGACUGUUUUGUGCCACGAUGCUGCUUUGCCGUGUCGCAGGAAAAAGCGUUUUGCCACUCCAAAGCCACAAAAAAAGAAUCCCAAUCAGGAGCUGGUGGAUGUAAUCAAUAUAGAUCAGGACGAAACGGCUGCCAACUUGUUGCAGGAGGCUCAGAACCAGCAGGAACCCGAUUCUCCAGAGGUUGAAAACGGAGGAAAUCCCCAGAUGCAAGCGGAGGAGGAACCCCAAGAGGGCUGUGUCGAAGCCGCUCACGUGGACACCCUCAUGUCCUUUGCUGAUGAACUAUCUAUAAGAUCGGCUAGCCACUCGUACUACAAGCUUUCCGGUUUACUUCGGGCCUAUGGAAUGAUACGGCAUAUCGUUAGCUACAUGCUGAAAAUGAUAUCCGGAGAUCGAACCAAAUUCGUUUUAUAUUCCGGACAUGAUUGCACAAUGCAAUACUUGACAGCUGCCUUGGGAAUCAUCACUAGCCAAGGUCAGACUAUAUCAUAUGCCUCUCGGUUGGCCUUCGAGGUGUAUCGAAGUGAAGCCCACACGGAUUACUAUUUUCGUGUAGUGUACAACGGCAAGGAUGUAACCCAGCAGAUUGAUUUCUGCGAGGGCGGAAAGAGUCUUCGAGUUACCAGGGACUCCAGAGGCAACAAAGCCGAUCUGUGUCCGAUAGAGAACAUUAUUCGCUUUCUGCACGAGGAUUACUUCAGUCCACUAAAUGCCACCAAUUUUAAGGAAGCCUGUGGGACAGUGAUUCCCCCAAAAGCUGGAGAAUUCUAGGAUUGUAAAUUGAAAGCCCCAUUGAAACUGUGAUAAGUAGUUAAGAUGCCACCCCCCAACCAGAACGAAAAGAUAGCCACAACCUCCAGGUUAACCCCAACUGGAAACGACCGCAUUUUAGCGAUGUUAUCUCUGUAAAGUUAGUCGAAUUUAGGUUAAAGAAUUCAACUUGUUGAUCCACAAAUCGAAAUCGAUACAUAUCAAUGGAGCACUUAUUAGAUUUUAAGGACUAUUUUAUUUACAUAUUAAGAUAUUAAGAGGAAAGAGUGGAAAGUAAAUCGUAAACAUAUCAACAUAUCAAAUUUAUCACUUUCGAACAUAAACUAAAAAAAUAAAUAUAUCAAUUUAGAAAAAUAUUUUAAAGAAAAACCGAAAGGCUUCUCAACCUUUAUCCUUUUCUUAUUUAAGAGUAUCAUCUUAAUGAUAUCAGAAUGGAAUGAACUCACAAAAUGCAAACAUAUCAAGUUUAAACUAAAAAUGAAUUAUACAAAAAUGUAUACUAAA